UUGUCGGAAUGCGGGUGGGAAUAUACAACAGCGAGUUUUAAGAAAAUGAAUUCUCUCAGACGAAACAUGAAAACCGACAGAAGAAUGGGCAAGUGACUCGUUUCUGCUGGCUCUCUUUUAACUCCAGGUAUUUUCAACGUUCUCCUCAGAGGACCUUUGCGCCUCCGAACAGCAUUUUAUGUGAUAUAUACAUGAAAAUUGUUGGAUAUCAGCAUCAGGCCACAUUUUUCCAUAUCGGUGCAUCCCUAACAUGGAUUAAAGCAGGUCACUAUUCUCAUCUAUGGAGAGCUGGCUACCUGGAGCAAAGCUCAUAUAAUAACUCUGUUGCUUGAAGAACUGGUUAAAGAAGUGGAAUCAGGUGCUUCUGCUGGACAAGAGUGAAAACCUGCAGCCACACUGGCCCAUUGUGAAUGAAGACUGGGGACCUCUGCUUAAUGGACAAUAUGUUGAUGCGAAUCUGAUUCUCGUUUAACAUGAGGGUGAUAUUUCUGCUGCACUUUUAUUUCAUGGUUCUUGACACUCAAGUCAUUGUUCCAUUCCCUCAACCACAAAACGUAACAGUGGUGUCUAACAACUUUGACACUGUCUUGCACUGGAGUCCUGGAGUAGGCACACCGUCAGGAACUAUUUACAGUGUGAAUGUGAGUACUGAAUCAGCCACAAAAAAACAGGAAAAGUGCAAGAGUACAACCAUCAAUGUCUCCAACUACAUGAAGAACAUUGAGCGCCAAUAUGUUCUCCGCCUUUGGGCAUCACAUGGCAACAGAUUAUCAUCUGUAAUCGAAAAAUACUUCACACCUUAUACUAUGACCAUCCUCGGUCCUCCUUCUGUGACUCUGGCUGGCUGCGGCGAUUGCCUCAACAUCAACAUCUCUCUGCCAAAUAGAGUGUCCACCAAUGAAAGUUUACGUUUCUACAAAGGUAUCAGGUUCGACAUACACUGGAAGAAGGCAGGAGAUGAAAAGGUUUACAUGUUAGGAAACAUGGAUUCACUCACCCAUCAGCACAAUAAGACAUUGAGUACAUACACGUAUGUGCUACUAAAUCUUGAACGAGGAGGAAAGUACUGUGUGCGGGCAAAACCACAUCACAAUGUCAACAAGAACACUCGGAUUUCUGACUGGGUCUGUGAUUUCACCAGUGCAGUAGAGGAGAGAGGAGCUUUUGUGACAUCUGUAGCUGGUUGGACUGCAGGGUUUGUGCUGGUCGGACUGGGUUUGCUGAUUAUCACAGCCAGCCUUGCCUAUACUGGGUUCUUCUGCAAGCUGAAGAGAAGUCUGCCCAAAACUCUGAUGGAUUUUGUGUCCAGCAGCUACCUUUCACCAGAGGAGAUCAUUAUUUCGGUAGCCAAGUACUACGAAAAGUCAAGCAAACCUAAACAUCUUCAUCAGUUUGAGGAGCGCUGGCAUGAGGAAGAGGUUAAAGAAAACAGGAACUGCAGGCAGAAUGAUGAUCAUGAUGACGACGAAGAUGAUGAUGAGAAAGAGAAUGACUGUGUCUACAUGUAUCGACCCACCAAUGACAGUGUUUCCUCAGCCACCAGCAGUGGACAAAGUUCUGCUAGCACAGCCAUCACUCUCUGCGCAGAGUCAGAGAAUUCUGGGGGGUGUAGUAUUGAAGCAGAACAGACUGCUUUCAGUGGCGUAACACUCUCUCAGCUUCAACACAGCGAGGUCACAAAUAUCACGCAGGUCGGUUUGAGUAAUUUGAGAGUAGAAAAACCAAACCCUUCCAAGUCGAAAGAAGCAGAAACGGCAGGAGGGCAAAUGAACAAGGCAGGAGGCACUUCUACGAACAUUAACCUGUUCUCAGUGACACUGAAGUCUCUGCAACUAGAGGAGGAAGUGGUGGAUGAAGCGUGUAAUGCUAAAGAGAUUAGCAGGCCUCUUUUACCUCUGUUGCUAAGAGAACUGGAGGAAGAUGCACUCUACUUUUCAAAGCCACAAACAGGAAUGCCCCCUUUAGUGGGACUUCAGACACACAAUCAGUCACAGAGAAACUCGCAGACAGACGUACUGUCACAGCUGAAAGACUCCUCUGAGACACAAACGGGAUAUAGGGCCAUGCACACAGGCAGAAUGGACCCAGAAAAUGACUGCUUAUUGGAUGAAGAGGAGGAGGAGGAUUUCUCAGGUUAUAUGGGACGAUAAAGACGACUUAAUUGUGUCCUUGGUAAUAGGACUCGUACAUCUACUCAUUGGCCACCUUCUGAGCCCCACCUAACCUGUCAGUCCACAAUAUAGGUGUACAAUCACAAACUGUAGUAAUGUGAUCUCAUGACAAGAAUGGCACAACCAUGAGUGUUUUUGCCUAAAUACUGGGGGAACGUAGACCUGUUAGGGUCGGAACAAACCAAGCAUGAAAUUUCUGAACCAAUCCAACAUCUCUUCAAGGCGGAGCUCAUAGCAGGGGCCCUGGUGCACUCGUCAACAUUGUCUGAUGAACAACAAGCCUGCCGUUAGCUUCUGAAAGAGUAUUGAGGGGAGGGGUGUAUUUGUUUUGCUGUAAGAUCAAUAUCAACGAUCUUUCUCCAGUACUCACACUAUGCCCAGUUGCCUUGUACUGUGCCCAAGCACGAUUGUCCCCUCCCCACUUCCCAGCUGGACUGUGCUCACAUUGCGCUUAACGUUCCACGGCCCUCUCACGUUAUACAGAUUUAUCAAUUAUGCAAUGCAGAAAUAUUCUGUUAAUUGUGUUGCACAUAUAAAAAGAUUUUUACAGAGGUAGUUGACAUUAAGGAAGAAUUUGCGGCUUUACUCGCCAACUAUACUUCAUGUUCUUCAAUAAGGUGAGAACCAUUUUUAACCCAUAUUUCGCAUCAUUGACAUCAAGUUUGAGUUCCAUGCUCGGGCAUGGUUAGCGAUCACGCUAGAUGCAUACUGUGCCCAUAUCCAACUGAACGGUACAGUACAGAGCGAUGCUAGUCAACAAACUAGACUUUUGGGGUAAAACAUGCUUGGGUAUGGUACGGAUCACCUAGUGUGAGUACACUCUUACUGCGUCUUUUACAGUGUACAACUACAGUGAUUUUUUUCGAUGUUUUACAAACUGUGUUGCACGAAAUUCAAUUGAACAGGCCUAAAUAUGCUCACUUUGAAAUUAAACAUGUAGUUAGUCAGCAUUCUAAGUACUGACGACCCCUACGAUAUGCUCAGAAAAGGGUAUUGUGACUUAUCACGAGAACAAUUUAUCUCAUUUUGCCCACCACUAGUGCAGUCUCUAUCUGUACACCAGCAAGGUGGAGCUACCAGCUAAAAGGUUUUAUAAUAAGUGGCUCUUGAGUGGAUGUAUUAUAUAUCUGAGGCAGUGCUCACUGAAUGUAUCUUUGGCCAAAUAAAGGCACUAGCCUUGUAGCCUCCCUGUGCCCUCUGCUGGUUAGAGCCGGCUUCUUUAUCUAAAUUAUUAAAUGGGACACUUGUUGCAAGCAAUGGACUGUAUUUAAAAUGCUACAAGUAAUAUUUUAUUGUCUGGUGGUAUAAUGAUACGUAAUAACAUAGGUACUGCGGCCUAUUAAGUGACUUAUCGAUGCUCUGCCACAAAUGUUGUUUCUUAGCAGCUGUUGCCAGGUUUACAAGCUUUACAGAACUUUGACAAAAAUGGCAUCGAGUCUAUUUAUAAAUUUCUCAGUUUCAUGUAAAUACUAAUUCACAUUAGUCUGAUACAAUGUUUAGAAGUGCUGCAUUCCCAAACUAGGUUGUAAAAGAUGAAGACAAAAUUUGCAACCAUGCUAAGGUUAGUAUUGAUUAUGCAACCAAAAGAAAACCUAAUAAAUACACCUAACGUCAUAUUCAUGCAAAUUAAACAUUAUCUGGUAUUCUGACAGAAACUGAGUUGUAUGCUUCUAUGAAACAAGUGAAGCAUGGAUUGGUCCGUAAGUUAUGCUGUUUUUGCCUAUUGUUGAUGAUGAUGAUAGACAUGCAUAACUCUAAGGCCUGGGUAAUGUGGCCAACAAGUGUUCCCCGUAUCACUUAAAAUAACUAAUUGUCUUUUUUUUAUGGUCAGUUUUAAUCUGUAUUUUUAACUCUUAAGAAACCAAAAAGCCUAUGAAUAUAUGACAAAAACAGUAAUUAUAAAUUAAAAAAUGUUCUCAGGA